UAGAGCAUUCGACCGCAGUGCACCGCGACGAACCGAGCGCGAUACGUAUUUCGACGACAGCCUUUGCUGAUCGAACAGUUUUUUAUAUAGAUCCUUUAACAUAACUUUUAACGUAUAUUACGACUAAUAUUUUAUAGUGUAGGUACCUGCAGAAAAUACGGCUUAGGCUGUUGUCCACAUUUAUUUAUUGAUUUUCUCACAUCAAAGAGGGAAAACAGGCAACGAGUUAAGCCAUACUGAAUCCAUAAAGACGAAGAGUUCUUAUAUUUGUGACACACCGAUGGGCGUUCGUCAGAACCCUUGGACACCAACCAAACGACGGGGACCGAUAGCCGCUGAAGCUGCCAGUCCAGGACCUGCUGUAGUAUCUCUUCCCUCCUUGAUAGGCAAACCUCCGCCAGAGUCCCGAAAACCCCGCGCACCUGCUUUCACAUUUGGACAUAAAUUGGAAACUGGAAAGGACAAAGCUGGUCCCGGUCCGGCGUCAUACAAUACGGAAGGAAUGACAGCUAAAGGUCGAGCAGUGGGUCCAGCAGCGUCAUUACAUGGUCGAUGGCCGCAGCCAAAACUCAUUCCAACUCCGGCGCCUUGUGACUACGAGCCAGGGAAAUCAGUCCGAGCUGUUUUAGAUCAUGCCCCGGCUUUCUCGAUAGGCCUUCGAGUCAGCCUACCUCAAGCCAGCAGCAAAACGCCAGCGCCGAACGUUUACUCAAUGCCACCGGUACUCGGAGAGGCACGUGAAGGGAACAAGAGAGCUGCUCCUGCCUUCAGCAUUACAGGCCGGGGCAAAACGGUCGAGAUAAAGAUGCCAAUGCCUGGUCCAGGUACUUACACCACGGAUAAAGCUGCUUCUGCAAUCACAAAAAGGCCUCCAGCAUACACGAUGGCUCCCAGAAGAGAAUUAAAGCCUCCAACAGCUACCGUACCCGGACCGGGGGUUUAUUGCCCGGAAAAAGCUGAUGCUGUUCUUCGCGAAAACUCACCAAAAUACAGUCUUUCAAGAAAAAUUAAAAUAGAAAAAAUGGAGCAAGUUCCUGCUCCUAAUGCUUAUAAUCCUCAAAAAGCUGAUAGGUUAUUAAGAGAAAAGUCGCCAGCCUUUUCUUUCAGAACAAAGAAUGAAAUUGUCAAGAUUCACGAUGCCCCUGCACCUAACGUUUAUACUCCAGAAAAAUCACUGCAUGCUCUUAAAAAUGGACCAAAGUAUACACUCGCUGGUAAAGGAUCAGCUGAAAAACAUGAAGUUACACCGGCACCUAACUCAUAUAAUCCACAAAAAGCUGAUAAAUUGCUACAUGAAAGCUCACCUGCCUAUACAUUAAGAUCGAAGGAGCAUGCAGAAAAAAUUGAAAUAACACCAGGCCCUAAUGUAUAUGCUCCUGAGAAAUCAUUACAUAUGCUAGAUAGCUCACCCAAAAUUACGAUUGCUGGAAAGGGCCCAUCACCUAAAAUUGAAGAUUUACCUGCGCCUAAUGCUUAUUCUCUCGAUAAGUCUGAUAAGCUUCUCCAUGAAUCUUCACCAUCUUACACGUUCAGAACUAAAGCUGGGGUUGAAAAGCCGAACGAUACACCUGCACCAAAUGUUUACUCUCUUGAUAAGUCCGAUAAACUUCUGCAUGAGUCUUCACCAGCGUAUACGUUCCGACCCAAAGUUGGUGUUGAAAAACCUAGCGACACACCAGCGCCAAAUGUUUAUUCUCUGGAUAAGGCUGACAAACUUCUCCAUGAAUCUUCUCCAUCUUAUACAUUCAGGCCUAAAGUUGGUGUUGAAAAACUGAACGAGACACCGGCCCCAAACUUUUAUGAUCCACGCUUAUUAGACAAUACUCCAAAAUUUUCAAUUUCGGGCAAAGGUCACACUGAAAAGCCAUCUGAUAUGCCCGCCCCUAAUGCAUAUGACCCUCAUUUACCUGAUAAUACUCUGAAAUUUUCAAUGGCUGGUAGAGGUCGAAGUGAGAAGCCAUUAGAUACACCAGGUCCUAGCAAUUACGAUCCUCAUUUGCCAUCUAAUUCUCCAAGGUUUACUAUUUCUGGCAAAGGCCAAGAGGGAAAAGUUUCUGAUAUCCCUGGGCCAAACGCAUACGAUCCUACUUUACCAAACUAUGGUCCUAAAUAUACAUUGUCAGGUAAAGGCCAGUCACCAAAACUACAAGAAACUCCUGGACCAUCCGCUUAUAAUCCUCAUAUUUUAGGAGGCUCACCAAAGUUUACAUUCUCAGGUAGAGGCAAGCCUGACAAAAUUACUGAUUCGCCUGGACCCUGUUCAUAUGAUCCGAGUAAAUAUGUUUUAAACGGAGUUCCAAAAUAUAGUUUUGGUUUAAAAGGACACAUUGAAAAGCCGUUUAACAACCCUGCUCCUAAUGCCUAUAACCCUGACAAAGCGGAUAAAGUUUUACAUGAAAAUUCUCCUGCAUUCACUUUUAGGCCGAAAAUCGAAGAUGGAAAAUUACCUGACACACCAGGCCCAAACUUUUACCAUCCAGAUAAAGCAAAUGAAUUAAUUUUUGAAAGAAAUCCUGCAUAUACCUUAUCAUCGAAAGGAAAGGAUGCUAAAAUAAACAGCAAUCCAUCGCCAAACUUAUAUCACCCGGAAAAAGCUGAUAGUAUCCUAUCAGAUAACGCCCCUCGAUAUUCUUUUAGGAUAAAAACGAAUCCAUUUAAACCCGAUAACGUACCAGCCCCUAACAAUUACAACCCUGAUAAAGCUGACAAAGUAUUAUUAAAAAGUGCACCACAAUAUACUUUUAGAAUUAAACCGGAAACAUCAACUGUUGUGGCCACCCCUGGUCCUACUACCUACACUCUACCGAAUCUACAUAAAACACCAUUGUAUACCAUUUCGGGCAGACAUAAAGAACCCAUCGAUGAACGCUUAAAAGUUCCUGCUCCAGGAGCUUAUAAUCCAGAAAAGGGAUAUAAGUUUAUUUUAACAUAUUCCCCUCAAUAUACAUUCGGAGUUAAAAUUCACACUGAGAAAUACGCCGAUACACCAGCUCCAAACAGCUAUCGUAUUCCAUCUGUACUUGACGCUCCUGUAUACACGAUGUCUGGCAGACAUAAGAUGCCACAGGACGAUCGAGUAAAGGUGCCCGCGCCUGGCACUUAUUCACCAGAAAAGAUGCAGAUCAAUAGAACUCCGCAAAUAACAUUUGGAAUUAAACAUUCUCCAUUAUUAGGGCAACUAAAACCGCUUGCGCCUCUUCCUGCUGUUGAUAGAGAAAUAACACAAAGAGUUACGAAAGAAAUAGCGCCUAUGAGUGAUGGUAUCGAUAAUACUCGGAAAAACGAAAUUGUGCGUGAGACAAUUUAUAAUAAUUCUUUGCGAACUGAGCCGUUCGACUCAAAUAUUGACAUCCAAGAUAUGCGUACAAACGUAACUCAAGUCAGAACACAGAAUGGAGUCAGCAGCAAUACGGUUAGACCUGAGCCGAUACAGGAGAUUCUGGAACAAGAUAUCGUAUGGGUGCCGGAAAAUACAGAACGCCGCGGUUCGUAUACUAUUGAAAAACCUGACGGAAACGGUUAUAUCGAACGGUAUGAACAAAACGAAGUAAUUCCGGUAGAAAAUGGAGUUAUUAGAGUCUCAGGUAGCGGGGAGAGAGGUGCUUCCUCUAUUGAAGUGCGGAGUGGUGAAGUUAUUCAGAGGGACGGCUAUGUUCAGAAUAUUGACAGAAGAGUAAACAGUUCCAAGGCACAUGAGAACAAACAAAAAGCAACUGAGGAAGUUCGUGUUGGGACUGACAUUCAGAACUUACCUAAUGGUGGGAUAGCUAAAACAACAACUACAACAACAAUUAAAAAAGUUGGAACGGCUGCUAAGACUGCAAAUGUCUCCACAACAGUCACUCGCACAAAUACUGCUAUAAAUUCACGCGAUAUUGCCGUCAAAUAAUUUUAACUAUGUUUAACAUAAAUUGUACUAACCAAUUCAAUGAAGCUAAAUAAGCCUGAUUAAUUUUACUGACCUUGACGGAAUUCAACGUCUGUAUAAUUGAAUGAAUAAGAUUCUCUAUUUGAAUAAUUUUAUAUUAAGCAAGCUUGAUUUGUAACAUAGGUACCUCAUGCCAAUAAUACUACAGUUUGUAACUGCAAAUUAGUUAUGUUUGUAAUUUUAUAAGUUAUCAAUUAUUUAUUAACGUUAUUUUG